AUGUCGUCUGUCAACCCCUUUACACCGGUGACCCCUCCACCGGAGAGUCUAUCAUUUCCUAAACUCCCUACCCAAAGGCCGUUACAGAACAAUCUCAAACGCAAGGCAUCGUCACAAGACCCUCUCAGUGGCCUGGCAGGUCUCAACGCACCCACGAUGAUGGCACCACCACCUCCUCCAACUUCGCAACCUAGAACCUCCUCAUCACCAAAUCUCAGCUCAGGGCCAAGUUCCAGCAGUACUCCCCAAUCUAGUGGUGCGACAACACCCGAAAUCCCCAACAUACCAGGUGCAAACCUCGAUCCUAAAUAUCUCGCCAUGGUAUCUCGCAUCGCCGCCUAUUAUCAACAAAGGUGUCAAGCUGUAGCAAACUACCAGCAGCAGCGAUGUCAGGCUUGGGCCAACAUGCAUAGACAAAAGUGUCAGGAUAUGAUGCAGGCUUCUAUGCUGGUGGUGGCUUGGUACGUGAGGGAUCGUAUCCAGCGCAGGCGAAGAAGAGAGAAGCAUCAGUUUCGAUCCGGAUUGAAGCGCAGGGCAGAUAAGAAUAAGAUCGCCAAAACCGAUGUUGUUCGCCGUUGGGUUAAGCAGAUCCCCGAGGGACAAGAAUCUCCCAACAAUCCCAUCGACACUCAGCUUGUCGACCGCGAAGAGGCCGAGUUCUCUAUGGAUCGUGAGAUGCAACCGGAUAAGGACACCAAGCUGUUCGAUAUGGCCGACAAUCUCAUCAAGAGCCAAUACAAGAAGAUCGAAGUUCCUAUAAUGGGCGUGCUCAACUUUGAUGAAAGCGACAACGAAAGUGAAAGCGACCUGGACGAGCCAGAGCAGUACGAGGAGAUGGACGAAGCAGAAGACCUCGCUGAAGAUGAUGAAUACUACGAAGUAGAAGACGAUGAACUAUAUGACGACGAGGACGAAAUCGAGUAUACAGGUGACGGUGCCUCAGAGGUUGUCCAUCACGGCACUGGCACAGGUACCGGCAGCCGAAACAACAACCACAGCGAAUCCUCAUGA